AUGUCCGCCACCGGAAUGGAAAACUCGGAGGGGGCCGAAUCGACGCACAACACCAAGGUGUCCGAUUCCGCUUACUCCAACAGCUGCAGCAACAGUCAGUCACAGAGAAGCGGAAGUUCAAAAUCACGCCACAGUGGCAGCAACUCGUCCGGCAGCAGUGGCUACGGUGGGAAGGCGUCAACCCAAGCCAGCAGCUUCGCCCCUCUGCCGCAGCCGGCCAUCAAGCGCACAAAGGAGAAGGACCGCAAGAAGAAGAAGCUGAAGACGUCCACGGACGGCAAUGGCGUGUGCGGCGGUGCACCAUCCUCGACAUCGACGGUCGGUGGCGGGGUCACCACCACCACGAUCGGUCCACUAUCUAACGGGAACACAGGCGCAGGUGAAGACGACGACCAAGGAUCAUCGGUUGGGCCAGCACCGGGGACCACAGUGUCAGCUGCUGGUGUGUCGUCCGUUCCCAGCACCAACAGCGAGUCGUGUGACGGUGCCGCAGUCGGAGGUGCGAACGGAAACUCAGCGGUUCAGCAAAUGAACCACGAGUCCUCGGCGGCCAUGUCGACGGGCCGUAGCAGCCCGUGUGACGGGGCGUUAGACGAGGAGAUGAAAGCGGCCGCAGCCGGCGCUGUGGUUUCAGCUCAGAUCAUGGGCGAGGAGCAAGGCAAGGGAGACGGUCAGCAGACGGCACAGGAUCGGCAAUCGUCGGUGGGUGCGUUCGGAAUGCACUCCUCGGCAAAGCUCGCCCAUAGCAUGCUGCCCGGCCCGGCUACACUGCCGGCCGGGGUGGCUUCGAUCGUCAACUCGAUCGCGGCCGGUGAAGCCAUCAAGCUGCGGGGCUGCCAAAGGCACGGCCCCGCGGCGGAGCUCCCGGGAUGGAGUGGCGGUGGCGGGCUACUGAUGCGGGACAAGCAGCAGAACACGAGCACACAGCACGGGGCGCAGAGACAGCAGUACCUUACCCCAUCGCUCCAGAAACACGUGUCGGCCCAAGACAAGGUGUCACAGGAUAAUCUCCAUCACCAUCAUCAGCAACAGGGACACCAGUCGAAGCACCAGCAACAGCAGCACCAGUCGGUUCCCCAAUCGAACACUCCACGAACCAACAAACCGGAGGUGGAGGACGGAUUCUGUUGCGUGAUCUCGAUGCACGACGGCGUGGUGCUCUUCACGACGCCCAGCAUCACGCACAGUCUCGGCUUCCCGAAGGACAUGUGGCUCGGGCGGUCGUUCAUCGACUUCGUCCACCCGAAGGACCGGUCCACGUUCGCGAGCCAGAUCACGUCGAAGGUGGUGGUACCGCUGGGUGAGUCGAAAAGCGGCCAAAAGGACCAGAAGAACUCGCUUUACGUGAUGCUGCGCAAGUACCGGGGCCUCAAGUCGGCCGGGUUCGGCGUGACGAAGACGUCGGUCAGCUACGAACCGUACCGGCUGGUGCUGACGUUCCGCGAGGCGCCGGUCGAGAACGCGGAGCUGGUUAGCGGCCGUAGCAUCCUGCUGAUCGUCUCGGCCAGCCCGGUCAAGAGCGUGUACCGCGAGCCGAACGAAGCGCUGUGCGAGCGCGAGCUAAAGUUCAGCACCCGCCACACGACGUCCGGUGUGCUGAGCUACGUCGACGGGAACUCGGUCGAGUCGAUCGGCUACCUGCCGCAGGACAUUCUGGGCCGCUCGAUCAUGGAGCUGUACCACCCGGACGAUAUGCCGAUACUGCGCAAAACGUACGAGACGGUGAUGGUGAAGGGCCAGACGGCGGGCGCCUCGUUCGUGGGCCAACCGUACCGCUUCCUGGUCAACAACGGGUGCUACAUCGUGCUCAGCACCGAGUGGACCAGCUUCGUGAACCCCUGGUCGCGCGAGCUGGAGUUCGUGAUUGGCAGCCAUCGGAUUUUGCAAGGCCCAUCGACGGCGGACGUGUUCGCGUCCGGCUUCUACGCGCAGGACCAGUGCCCGGACGAGGUGCUGAAGGAGGCGAAGAUGAUCGAGGAGCAGAUCCUGCGGCUGCUGAAAGAACCGGUGGCCAAACCGUCCGACAUGGUGAAGCAGGAGGUGUCGAAGCGCUGCAAGGCGCUUGCCUCGUUCAUGGAAGAGCUCAUGGACGAGGUGGCCCAGCCGGAGCUGAAGCUGAAUCUGUUGAACGAAUCGGACUUUACCUUCUCCGAGCGGGACUCGGUGAUGCUCGGGGAAAUCUCGCCGCACCACGAGUACUUUGACAGCAAGAGCUCCUCGGAGACGCCACCCAGCUACAACCAGCUCAAUUACAACGAGAAUUUGCAGCGGUUCUUCGACAGUCGGCCGGCGAUGAACAUCGAAGAACCGCUCAAGAUGGACUCGUCCGGCGGCGGCACCAACACGGAGACGAUCGACGACCAAACGCACGUCAGCCCGAACCAGCGGUUCAGUGCGAGCGGCGGUGGCGGUAGCGGAGGGUCGGCCGGAAAUUUUAGCUCCGAAAGCAACGCGCAGAUGGACAGCACCACCAACACGACCAGCAACACCGGCGGCACCGGGACGGGCACCUCGAGCGGUGGCGGCAGCUUCCAGCCGCCGACCCUGACCGAGGAGCUGCUCUGCCAGCACAACGAGGACAUGCAGAAGGUGAUGCUGAAGAAGCACCGGGAGGCCCGCAUGGUGGCGCGCGGCACCGAGAAGAACAAGAAGGGACCGCCGGACAAAGCGUACGCCUCGAAUGCGCCGCACGGCGUCAAGCGCGGCUCGUCCCACUCCUGGGAGGGUGACCCGCACAAGGCGAUCAAACAUCAGCACAAUCCGGACGGUGGUGGCUGCGGUGGAGGGACACAGCAUCAGAAGGGACCCGUGGCUUCGCAGGCCUUACAGCAACAGCUUCUGAUCCAGCAGCAACAGCAGCAGCAGCAACAUCAGCUUCAGCAACGGCAUCACCAUUCGAGUCAUGGCCUACUGCUGCAGCCACCGCCGAUGCAACAACAGCACUCGUCCUCGGCGCUGCACCAGCACGCACAACAUACGCCGCAGCAUCAGUAUCUUCAGCAGCAGCCGUUCCACCAGCAACCACCACAGCAAUCCACGCUUGGGGGCCAUCAAUCGUACCUGGGCGAAGCGAUGGGCAACGGGGCAUCACUGCGGCAGCCAACGAUGGCCUACGGGUCCAGCAUAACCACGGCCACGUUGAACGCCCCCCAGAUGAGCUAUGCCACGCACACCGCCGGGCGCACCGGUGACCUGUGGCCACCGUUCAGCGUGAGCGUAUCGGCGAUGCAGGGCUCCGCAGGGGCCACCAGCUUGAUGCCGUCGCCCAGCAUCUUUCCCACGCUUUACUACAUUCCGGCGGCAGCUGCUGCGGCCGCAGCCGCCGUAACUCCGCCAUCGGCGGUCUCGACAGCAGCCACCGUCAAUCCGGUCACGGUGCCGUACAUGGCGGCUGGCGUGAUGUACCCACAUCCGCAGCUCUACCAGCAGUCGAUGCUCUAUCCGCCGAUGAUGUACCACGCGAUGCCGUACCAACCAUUGCCACCGCCCUGUGACACACGAAACGUAAGUCUUCAACAGCAGCAACAACAGCAGCAACGGCACCAGCAGCAACAACAGCAGCAGCAACGGCAGCAGCUCCAGUCCGACAAGCAACAAUCGGGCGUGAGUGCCCCGUGUCAGUCCGGGGGCGGCCCAUUAAGAUCCGGUUCCGGACAGCAGCAGCAACAGUCGCUAGACGACGCAGCGGGCACUUCAGGCCCUGGCGGCCUGGCCGGUGGCGGAAACAAAUGCCCCGGACACCACACGGUGCCACCGUCGGCCGGUAGUGGCUCGCUUUCACAAACCCCCUUCCAGCGGCCCUCGUCACAGGCCACUUCGGUUAAGGCCGAACCCGGUUCGGCCCUGGGCAGCAUCGCGUCCACGUCGAUCGUCGUCAAUCGGGCAUUCUCGGAGUCAUCGAAGAAGGACCUCAUCGACUCGCCAGUCAUAUCGAUCGUGGACUGUGCCGACUGUGCCCUGGACGAAGUACUGGACAAGCGCGGCGGUGCUGGUGCUCGAGGUAACGGUUCCUCUGUCGGCGCAGGACGCCUUCUGGCCGGGGAGAAGGGAGCGAAUCGCGAUAGCCGAACGGAUGGCGGACGGCGAGAAGCUGGCUGUGCGGUGGUGGUCGGGGGACUGUGCGAAAACAGCGACGAUAUGGACGAGUCGAGCUUUUCCAGCUUCUACUCGAGCUUCCUGAAGACGGACAACUCGUCCGACGGGCACAACGGGACGGACAAGAAGGACUCGAGCGAGAUGUGCUGGGAAACGAGCUCAAACAAUGCGCUCAAUGCGAUCGGCGAUGCGGCCGGUGCGGCCUUGCCCGAAGAGGGUGGUGCCUCUGCGCGCAGCAAAAGCAGCGGCGAUGGCAUCCUCACACGGCCCGCUAACACCGGAAUCGGAUGCCGAGCGAAACGGCGCCCGAAUCCGCCGUGGCUGGAUAACGUCUGCCAGACGAAGGACCUCAUCUACCGGUACCAGAUCAACGAGCGGUCGCUCAAGGAGCUGCUCGCUUCGGACAGUUUGGCGCUGAAGAAGAUCAGCCAGCCAAUCCUGGUAAAUGAUCAGCUCGGUCAGUUGUAUCUUGACCUCGAGCUGGAGGGCCUGUCGGCGAAGCUGUCCCUCAGCGAGGCAACGUCCGGGAGCAGCAGCGACGAUUGCGACGUGAAGGACAAAACCAGGGUGGCCAAGCGCAACAUGAAGUACAGCAAGCUGGUGAUGAUCUACGAGGAAAACGCCCCGUUCCCACCGCCACCGAACGAACCGUGACAACCGUGUGAUGAGCGGCCCAAACCGGCGGCCCGCCAAAUCCUCCGUCUGGCCGUUGGUGCAGUAUUUUAGACAGCUAAACCCAAAUGGCGCACACUUUAAAUGAUGAUGCUAGCGAAAGUAGCCGAAAAGUAUCCGGCCGAGCCGUUGAUCUCGAAGGCGCGCGAUCAAGAGCGCGUGAUCGCAAAGAAAAGACUUGUUAUUCGAAAA